AAACUGGAGACCUGCGUCCUGCGGCCGUGUGGCAUCUAUGGACCUGGAGAAAGGAGACAUCUUCACAGAGUGAUGAUGAACGUAGAGCGGCGCCUGUUCAGCUUCAGGUUUGGAGACCCAGCAGCCAGGAUGAACUGGGUCCACAUAGAUAAUCUGGUCCUGGCCCACAAGCUUGCAGCUGAGGCUCUCACAAAGAAGAAAGGCUGCAUCGCUAGCGGGCAGGCAUAUUUUAUUAACGAUGGCCUUUCAGUCAAUCUGUUUGAGUGGCUGACACCUUUGUUUGAAAAACUGGGCUACAGCAGACCAUCGAUAACCGUUCCAGUCUCUCUUGUCUAUUCAGCAGCUAUUCUGGUGGAGUAUUUACAUGUGAUUCUGAGUCCGGUGAUCGAAGUGCCUCUGCUUUUUACCAGGAGUGAGGUCCGAAACAUCACAGUGAGCCACACCUUCAAAAUCGACAAGGCCCGUCAAGAACUGGGUUACUGCCCACAGCCGUACAGCCUGGCGGACUCCGUGGAGCAUUACCUCAAGAUCCGACAAAGUCGUGACACCCCGAUUUCUUUAUCCCUGCCCUCUGUCAGGCAGCUGGCUGAAAGAGGCGUCCUGCUGCUGCUGAUGGGACUCGGCCUGGUGCUACUCAUAAUCUACGGCAUCCUCAGUUAGAGUUAAAUAGUUGUUGCAAUGUCGGAUGGAGAGGCUCUCAAAACUAAUUGUUGCAACRAAUUUGAACUCUUCUCUCACUUGUGCAGAGUUCAACUCAUCAAGAGUCCCUUUUUCUUUAUCUCCUCUUCAAAUAAGACUUAAUUUGUUGAAUGUAGGUUUAGACAAAUUUCCUUUUCUUUUAMAAUUAUGUAAGGUUGAAAGUAUUAAAGGAGAUWUAUAUUUAUGAA